CCGAAAAAAAAGAGACCGCUCACUGUUGUGCAGUUGCAGGCAACUCCACUCCCCUCUCCCCUUCCAGCCGCCGUCGCGAUGGCCGAGACGGUGGACUUCGCGAGCGGCGACGGGGAAGCCUGGCGUGCGGCGCUGGGCGCGUACGACCGCCGGCUCGCGGCGCUGGACAAGCCCGACCUCCUGGACGCCGACUCCUUCUACCGCCACGACCUCCCCCUCCUGCUGCACGGCCGCGACCCGGACCCCUACCUCGCCAAGCCCGAGCUGGUGCAGCUCAUGCAGUGGAAGCUCUCGCGCGGCAAGUGGAGGCCGAGGCUGAUGGAUUUCGUCAAAAGCUUGGAUGACAAAGUUGUAGAGUCAGCGUCACGCAAGGCAUUUGCAGCGCUGCCCGACCUCAGCAAGGCCAUCACCGAGCUCACUGUGCUCAAGGGUGUUGGCCCUGCCACUGCAUCCGCGGUGCUCGCUGCCUAUGCACCCGAUGUUGCGCCCUUCAUGUCAGACGAAGCAAUGGUCGCAGCCUUGGGCAAUGUAAAGGAAUACACUCUGAAGCAGUACCUUGCGUUUGCGGAGAAGUUGCAGGCUAAAGCAGAGGAGUUGAGCGUAGGAGGAGAAAGCUUGACACCUUCGGAUGUUGAGAGAGCUUUGUGGAGCUCGGCAAUCGCCUCCAAGCCACCGAAGGCACCAGCAGGUGGGAAGAGAAAACGAUGAUGUGUGUGCCGCCGCACGGUUGCGCUAGAGCUAGAAUGGUCUGCUGGUGAUAGGCCUUAGAUCGAUCUUUGUAGAACGUAUGUCAUGUACUUGAUGCCUUUGGAUCAGCAAACAUAUUUGUGAAUGGGGAAUGGCGCACCUCCUGAGCUUGGCAUUUGGCUAUCAGAUGAUGACCUGGUGUUUCCGUCAAAGGACUGACCGCCUGUAAAAUUGUCAUGAAAUUCAUAGACCAAUUCCAGUUAGCCCUCUACU